AAGAAGAAAGUAGCUCUCCGAUCCUUCCUGCUGCACACUAACCACAACUAAGCUGCUAACAUGGACUAAAAAAAAGGACAGUGACACUUUGUCCAGGUUACUUUGACCAAUGUUCACGGUGAGGUGCAUUUUGGCAACAUCUGCAAAGUUUUUGGCCUCUCUGCCAGCCUGGAGACAUCAGAUCAAGCUGCAAAACAGCUUCUGCACACUGGACAUAAUACCAACCUCUUCUCCAUGCAGGAUGUCGACUUCACCUCACCCAGUGGCUGCAGUGUGUCAGCUGACAGUCACCCCGAACAAAGAGGCCAACUUCUCUGCCUGUAAACAGCUGGUGGAUGAAGCCAAGGAGCGAGGGGCCAGCAUGGUCUUCCUGCCCGAGAACUUCGACUACAUCGGGUCCAGUCGAGAGGAGACAUUGUCGCUGUCUGAGAGCCUGACAGGAGACACGAUCUCACGAUACAGUCAGCUGGCCAGGAAGUUGGAAGUGUGGCUGUCUCUUGGAGGAUUUCAUGAACGGGGACAUGACUGGGAGUCUGACAGACGAAUCUACAACAGUCACAUCAUAAUUAACGAUAAAGGUGACAUCGUUUCAGUCUACAGGAAGUCCCAUUUGUUUGAUGUGGAGCUGCCAGAAAAAGGCAUAUCCCUUAAGGAAAGUGGCUUCACCAUCCCUGGACCCUCCCUCAUGCUUCCGGUCCAAACUCCCAUCGGCAAGGUCGGCCAGGGCAUCUGCUACGACCUGAGAUUCCCUGAGUUAUCUCUGGCUCUGCAAAGACAUGGGGCCGAGAUUCUGACAUACCCAUCAGCCUUCACUGUAGCAACCGGAGCUGCCCACUGGGAGGUGUUACUCCGUGCACGGGCAAUCGAGAACCAGUGUUUUGUCAUUGCGGCAGCGCAGGUCGGUCGGCACACAGAGAAGCGCUCUUCGUACGGCCACACCCUGGUGGUGGACCCCUGGGGUGAGGUGCUGGGGGACUGUGGAGGGGAGAAGCCGGGCAUGGUGCUGGUAGAGAUCAACCUGGGGAAGGUCAGCAGCACCAGAAGGAACAUGCCAGUCCAACAGCACCGCAGAGACACUGGUUUCUAUAAGAGUCUGGAGAAGACUUGACCACAAGAGAAGUGCAAAGUUCAAAGUCAGGUUGUUUAUAAUCAGAAAUGUGAUGAUGGAAACGUGAAAAGAAACAAGACAUUCUUGUCAAAUGAUGCUGUUAAUGAAUAAAUAUCAGCGCCAUGCAAACAUGGAGUAGUGGUGGCAAAAGUGGAAGUCAGCCAUCUCUUUUUUUCUGUUUUCUCUGCUUCUCUGGUUGAACCUCUGGUUGAGUCAUCUUGUCAUCUUUGCAGUAGAUAAUCUCAUUCCCGGGAAGUAAAGCUCACUCACAAUCAAGAAUAUCAGCUCUCUGACCAUGUGAGUCUGUACAUGAUGGUACUCAUACUGGUCAGUAGAUGGUGCUGUUGGGCAGUUGCUGGUAAAUUACUGAUGUAAAUUUAUCUGUUGUACGGAAUGGACAUGUAUACAUUAACCUGUAACAUUUCUGUAAUGAAAUUAAUCAGUUACUACUGAAAGAUUAUAAACUCAAACAUCUG